CAUCGCACUUAUUUUAAAAUAGCUCACUUUGUCAUCUUAGUCUUAUCAUGGAAGAAAUACUACGGAAGCUACAGAAGGACGCAUCUGGAAAUAAGCACAAAGCAAUUCGGGAUUCGUGCGUCUUCGCCUGUGAAACCCUUCAGAAACAAACUGGAUCAGCCACGAUUCCACCGUCUCGGCUCAGAGAAAGAUGCCUUCUCCCUCUUCAGCUGGCACUGGAGUCCAAGAACAUGAAACUGGCCCAGACUGCCCUCACAGGAAUGCAGAAAAUCCUGUGUGAGGACAGGUUUGUGGCUGUGGAGGCGGAGGCUCUGGAGAGCCAGCUGUUGAGUCAGAUGCUGGAUGCAGUGAGGGUGACCCCCAUGCUCCACGAGGACCUGCAGGUCGAGGUCAUGAAGGUCCUUCUCUGCAUCACGUACUCCUCCACCUUUGAGAUCAACGGAGACUCCAUCCUGAGGAUUGCUGAGGUGUGUAUCGAGACGUACAUGUCCAGCUGUCACCAGCGCAGCAUCAACACGGCCGUGAGGGCCACCCUCAGCCAGAUCCUGGGGGACCUCGCCCUGCAGCUCAGACACAGACAGGUCAGCCACCCCAGGCACCUUUGACCUCUUACAUUAUCACCCACUCAGACUAGAAAUGUGUCUCCCACUGCACAGUCCCUGUGUGAUGACGUUGUGACUGUGAUAACCGUCUUCUGCGAGAAGCUAGAGGGGGUUGACCAUGAGAACCAGCUGCUCCAGCUGCUCUACCUAGAGUGUAUCCUGUCCAUGCUCAGCAGCUGUCCUCCCACCAUGCACCUGAACAGAGGCUUCACAGACCUGAUCUGGAAGCAACUUUGUCCGUCGUUGGUGGUGAUCAUGGGAAACCCUGUGAACGACAAGACCAUCACCUCGGCCCACGGCCAUGGAGGGGGGUGUCAGGAUCCAGACCCCUCUCUAGGUGGUGUGUCUGACCAGGGCCGGGGAUCCGGCUGCUCCUCCACCACCCCGGCCAUGAUCGGCCCGGUAGUGCGGACCAUCUGCUACGUGGCUGCUGAGCUGGUGCGCCUGGUGGGCUGUGUGGAGUCCAUGAAGCCUGUUCUGCAGUCGCUGUACCACCGCAUCCUGCUCUAUCCCCCCCCACAGCACCGUGUGGAGGCCAUCAAGAUCAUGAAGGAGAUUCUGGGAAGUCCUCAGCGCUUGUUUGACCUGGCUGGUCCCUGUGUUAUAGAGCCUGAGUCUAGGAAAAGGUCCUUCUCCAAGAGGAAGUCUCACCUGGACCUGCUCAAAUUGGUGAUGGAUGGCAUGACAGAGGCCUGUAUGAAGGGGGGCAUCGAGGCCUGUUACUCCUCAGUGGCGUGUGCCUGUGCCCUCCUGGGAGCUCUGGAUGAGUUGAGUCAUGGGCGUGGCCUACAGUCAGAACAGGCCCGCAUGCUGCUGCGCCGAUUGGACGAGCUGAAAGAGGGGGCAGAAUCCACGCGGGAGUCCAUGGAGAUCAAUGAGGCGGACUUCCGCUGGCAGCGCCACGUCCUCUCGUCUGAGCACGCACCCUCUGAGCCCUCUGCCACCUCCGCCACAGAGCGCAGCCCUGACAUCAGCAUCAGCGUCACCACAGAUACGGGCAAGACCACUCUGGAUGGGGAGCUGGGACAGACCACUCUGGAUGGGGAGCUGGGACAGACCACUCCAGAGGGGCAGGAGUGUGGUGAAGAACCCCGGCUGCCUUCGCCUUCCUCCUGCGGGCCAGACGCUGACCCUGAGCUACGCCCCUGUGUGAGGGAGCCAGGCGCCGAGCCCGGAGGACCCCCAGACGUGGUGCAGCGCAGCCACGCGCUGGUCUACCCCGACAUCACUAACUUCCUGUCCGUGGAUGCCCGGGCGCACCCUCACAGCUCGCGCUACAGCGAGAGCAACUUCAGUGUGGAUGAGGGGGAGAUGUCGCGCACUGAGUUUGAUUCAUGUGACCAGUACUCCAUGGCGGCGGAGAAGGACUCGGGCCGCUCGGAUGUGUCAGACAUGGGCUCUGAUAACUGCUCUCUGGCCGACGAGGAGCAGACACCCAGGGAUUGUCCCGGUCAUCGCUCCCUGAGGACAGCAGCCCUUUCCCUGAAGCUACUGAAGAACCAGGAGGCUGACCAGCAGAGCGCCCGGCUCUUUGUCCAGUCUCUGGCCGGCCUGCUGCCUCGCCUGCUGGGGAUGCACAGCACGACAGACGUGGACACGUCCCUGCAGAACUUCUCCUCCACAUUCUGCUCUGGCCUACAGGCGGGUGGCAUCCAUUCACCAGGCUAUGAGGGCAGUGAGAACCUGAACUGUCAGGCCCUGAUGAACGCUGACGGCCUUUACCUGGUCUCCUACUACGCCUUGCUCCUCAGCCUCAAACUCUGCUGCCAGGACUACUACCGCAGGAGGCCCAUGCCUGUACUGGUCAGCCUGAAAGAGUUUGUUCGUCUCAUCCAGAGCAGUGGGGUGCUGGUGGUGCUGUCUCAGGCCUGGAUCGAGGAGCUCUACCUCCAGGUUCUGGACAGGAACUUGCUGGGGGAGGCUGGCUACUGGGGCUCACCAGAGGAACACUCCUUACCCCUCAUCACCAUGCUAACUGACAUCGAUGGGCUGGGCAGUAGUGCCAUCGGAGGUCAGCUGAUCCGUAAGGCCAACACACAGUCCCCCUUCAGCUGUGACAAGAGUGGCAGUGACACCCUCAUGGCAGGCAUAGUGUUUGCUCGCUACAUCCUGAUGGGCUGCUGGAAGAACCUGAUGGACACCCUGUCCACCCCCCUGACGGGACGCAUGGCGGGCAGCUCCAAGGGCCUGGCCUUCAUGCUGGGGUCUGAGGGGCUGAAGGAGCAGAGCCAGAGGGAGAGAGACACCAUCUGUCUCAGCCUGGAUGGACUACGCAAGGCAGCCGGACUCAGUUGUGCUCUAGGUGUGGCUGCCAAUUGUGCCUCGGCUCUGGCCCAGAUGGCGGCAGCCUCGUGUGUGCAGGAGGAGAAGGAGGAGAGGGAGGUGGGCGAGUCUGGAGAUGCCAUCACACAAGUCAAGCAGCGUGUGGAGCAGAAGCUGGAGCAGAUGGGACGUCCUCAGGGGGUGCGGCUGCACACGGCCCAUGUGCUCUGCAUGGAGGCCAUCCUCAACGUAGGCCUGGAGAUGGGCAGCCACAACCAGGACUGCUGGCCCCACGUCUUCAGGGUGAGCGAAUAUGUCAGCUCUCUGGAGCACAGCCACUUCAGCGAUGGCAGCUCCCAGGCCACCAUGACCAUCACCCAGGCCCAGCAGGCUGUAGACCUUGGGCUGGAUUUGUGCGGCGAGCCUAGUCCGGACAGAGAUCUGGCCCUCAGCAGCCAGCCGGUCAUCCAGCCCCAGUCCAUCCAGGAGCUGCUAAGGGAGGGUAGAGGGGGGAAAGGCCUGGACCGUAGCCUGAUGACUGGGACCAGCGCAUCCAAGGCCGUCUGCACCCUAUCUACACAGGCAGACAGGUUAUUUGAGGACUCUGUCAGUAAACUGAACAUGGUUAGCCUGGUGGGUUUCCUGCACCAGCUGAGGAGAGCAUCUCAGUCCCAGCUCUUUGACUCAGUCACUGAGACAGGAGACUACUCCUUAGCCAUGCCAGGAGAGGCCAAGUCCACCAUGGACAGGCGUAGCGCCCUGCAUCUGUUCCGGUUGGGGGAGGCCAUGCUGCGGAUCGUGAGGAAUAAGACCAGACCCCUGCUGCACAUGAUGAGGGCCUGGAGCGUAGUGGCACCGCACCUGGUGGAGGCUGCCUGCCACAAAGAGCGCCAUGUAUCCCAGAAGGCUGUGUCCUUCAUCCAUGAUGUUCUGAUGGAGGUGUUGACCAGCUGGGCAGAGCUUCCCCACUUCCACUUUAACGAGGCGCUCUUCAGACCCUUCGAGCACAUCAUGCAGCUGGAGCUGUGUGACGAGGACGUGCAGGACCAGGUGGUCACAUCCAUAGGGGAGCUUGUAGAGAUGUGUUCCCCUCAGAUCCAGUCUGGCUGGAGACCUCUAUUCAGUGCCCUGAGGACUGUGCAUGGGAACAAGCCAGACAUGAAAGACUACCUGAUAGGAGAAUAUUCCAUGGGGAAGUCUCAGGCGCCUGUGUUUGAUGUCUUUGAAGCGUUUAUCAACACCGACAACAUUCAGGUCUUCGCCAACGCAGCAACUGACUACAUCAUGUGCCUUAUGAAGUUUGUCAAAGGUUUAGGAGAAGUGGACUAUAAGGAGAUUGGGGACUGUGUCAAUGCCACUGGCUACAGUUCUACAGACCUGUGCCUCCCUGCUCUGGACUACCUGAGGAAGUGCUCCCAGCUGCUUGCCAAAAUCUACAAGAUGCCUUCCAAGCCAGUGUUCCUGGGAGCCCGGCUGGCCAGCCUGCCCAUGAGGGCCCAGGAGAAGUCUGUCAGCAGUGAGGAUGGCAUGGACUGCGUCCUGGCUGAGUUUGACGAUGACACAGGCUUGAUCCAGGUUUGGAUCCUGCUGCUGGAGCAGCUGACUGCAGCGGUAUCGAACUGCCCCCGGCAGCACCAGCCCCCCACCCUGGAACUGCUGUUUGAACUUCUCAGAGCGCUCACCAACUUGCCAGGACCGGGCUUUGCCAUAUUCUCUGUGAUCCAGCUUCUUCUUCCUGUGAUGUCACUCUGGCUCCAGCGUAGCCAUGGCGACCAUGCGUACUGGGACAUAGCCGCAGCCAACUUCAAGCACGCCAUUGGGUUGUGCUGUGAGCUGGUAGUGGAGCACAUUCAAAGCUUCAUCCACUCAGAUAUUGGCUAUGAGCAUCUGAUCAACCUGAUGCUAAAGGACCUCUUCAAGCUGCUGGUGGCCUGUGUGGCUGAACCUGCUGAGACGAUCUCUAGAGUGGGCUGCUCCUGCAUCAGGUACGUGUUGGUGACGGUAGGCCCAGUCUUCACUGAGGAGAUGUGGCGACUGGCAUGCUGUGCCCUGCAGGAUGCCUUCUCUGCCACCCUGGAGCCUGUCAAGAACCUGCUGGCGUGUUUCCGUAGUGGUUCAGACAGCUUCUCUGGGGACGCCUGUGAGGUUAAGGUGGCCGCCCCAUCCCACUCCCCCUCUGCUGAGGCAGAGUACUGGAGAAUCAGAGCCAUGGCCCAGCAGGUGUUUAUGCUGGACACCCAGUGCUCCCCUAAAACCCCCAAUAACAAAGAAGGCUUUGAGCAUGCCCAGUCCUGUGUGCUCAUCAUAGAGCUCCCCUCAGACCAGCAAUCCAAUGGUCACACUCAGAAAAGGAUUCCUUUCAGAACUAUAGUGGUUAGCUUACUCUCUCAUCAAGUGUUGCUCCAGAACCUGUAUGACAUUCUGCUGGAGGAGUUUGUUAAGCACCCUGGUGAUGCUGAGACCCAGGAGAAGACCACUCCAGUAUCUGAUCCUAGACCAUCUGGUUUCCUGCGCUACAUCUCCAUGCAGAACCUGGCCAUCAUCUUCGACCUGCUGCUGGACUCCUACCGCACAGCCCGAGACUUCGACACGCGCCCGGGCCUCAAGUACCUGCUGAUGAAGGUGUCUGGGGUGUGUGGCGCUGCCAACCUGUACCGCCAGUCUGCCAUGAGCUUCAACAUCUACUUCCAGGCCCUGCUGUGUGCCACGCUCACCAACCAAGAGAGCAUCACUGCUGAGCUGGUGAAGAAGAUCCUUUACGAGGAGGACGAGGGCAGCUCCGACUCCUCCCAGCAGUGCUCCUCCGAGGACGAGGACAUCUUCGAGGAGACGGCUCAGGUGAGUCCCCCGCGGGGGAAGGAGAAGCGCCAGUGGAGGGCCACCAUCCCUUCGCUCAGCAUCCAGCCGGUCAGCAGCGCAGACUGGGCCUGGCUGGUCAAGCGGCUGCACAAGCUCUGCAUGGACCUCUGCAACAACUACAUCCAGAUGCACCUGGACCAGGAGAACCUGGUGGACGAGGCAGUGCCCGUCUUCCGGGGGGACCCCCUCUUCUUCCUGCCUUUCUUCCCCUCCACCCCCGAGACUCCCACUCCCUCCAUGGGAGGCCUGUCCGGCCGGGGAACACCCUCAGAUGACAGCGUGCGCUCCCACCUGGCAGAGACGCCGUCGGAGGACACCCACAGCCCUACUGCUGGCUACUGCAUGGACAGCCUGCCACACCUGAGAGGGGAGAGGAGAGACCCAGCGGGCCGCAAGAAGGAGUGGUGGGAGAGUGCUGGGAACAAGCUAUACACCAUCGCCACCGACAAGACCAUCACCAAGCUGAUGAUGGAGUACAAGAAGAGAAAGCAGCAGCACAACCAUACCACCUUCGUGAAGGAGACCAAGGGGGGAGAGACCAGGGGCGAGGCAGGGACGAUGAGGGGCCCAGAGUCCUCCAACCCACAGAGGCCUCAGCAGCUGGUGGACCCGGGGCCCAUGAGACACUCGUUCAGUGCCGGGCCAGAGGUGCUGAGGCAGGAGAAGAUCAGACCCCGCUCCGGUUCUACAGCAAGCUCCCACAGCGUCUCCAUUAGAGACUCAGAGGCUCAGAUACAGGCAUGGACUAACAUGGUUCUGACCAUCCUGACUCAGAUCCAGCUCCUUCCAGACCCUACCUUCGUGGCCCUGCAGCCCGCCGUGUUCCCCUGCAUUAGUCAGCUGACCUGUCACGUGACUGACCUCCGUGUGCGCCAGGCAGUGCGAGAGUGGCUGAGUCGCUUAGGAAGAAUGUAUGACAUCACUAUGUGAGGAGCAGCUGCGUUCCUUACAGUGUUUGUAAAGGGGAGACUAAGGCUCAGCCAAUGAGAAUCUGCAUUGCCACUUUUAGCCGCAUUCAGUUUGAUUGUAAUUUACAGGAAGUCAUUCAGUUUGAUUGUAAUUUACAGGAAGUCAUGCAGUUUAUCUUUGCUAGGUUUUGCUUUAACGCUGUCACUCCUGAAUGAAAUGGAAGUGAGCUUUUUACCAAAAAUAGAAUCGUUGUGUCUUUAAAUUAGCUGACAUAGCUAUUUAUUGUAGAUCCCAAUUUAUGUUUACUACAUAUUAUUUAUAUAAAUUCUUUACAACUGCAAAUAUGCUAUUACAUUAAGAAUAUAUAUAUUUUUUAUUUAUAUUUGUGAUUUGACAUUGGAACAACUGUAUAUAAAUCAGAUAUUGUGCCAUAUGAAGAUAUUAGUUCCAGUUAGCUUUACACAUUUCAGUAGUAAAUUGGUGUACUGCACUCUGACAAGAUUCCAAUCUAUAAAUCAGGCAAAAUGAUUUACCAAGCCCAGGCCCCUCUCAGUGAAAUGGAUGAUAUUCUCUUUAGUAUUAAUUAACAUUAACACAUUUUGUUUAAGAGAGGAGAUUAGAUGCCUUGAUGACACCAGUCAGUCACAAGGCCUUGGUGAAAGUGACCCAGUCCCCUCUAGGUAAACACACCACGUGACCCUAAUCCAGUGAUGCAGUGGUAAAAAAAAAAUAGGUGGAUAAACUAAUUGGCUGUCGCAGGGAAAAAAGUAUGGCUCCCUAUACUUUCGGAGAAAAAAAAUCUGCAAAAGGUAGGGAAACUGUUGGGCCCAAAAUAAUUUUACUCGCGUUUACCCUCCACUACACCACUGCCCUAAUCCAUCCAUUCUUUAAUUUAGAAACAUGAUAGAAUUACAGCCUUGCUAUUAUCUAAGCACGCCUGAGAUCUCACCAUAUAGGUCAAUGAGUCUUACUCAUCAAUGUCCAAUGAAAUCAGAGAGCAAAUCCCCACAUGCUGAUCCUCAUUGAGAGCGCUGUUGAUAAACAACCCAACAAAUACUGUAAGGCAGGAUUAGGUUUCGUUCAUAUACCCUCAAACCUCAACAACAGUUUGGGUUGGAGCCAUGCUCAGAUCUGGCCUGUCUAGAAACGGUCAUCCUUAGAUAAUGUCAGACCCAAACAUGAUGAUUCUCCAAUCAUUACGCCUUUCCCUGACCAUACCCGGACUCCUCGCCAGCCCCUCUAUAGGAAAUGUCGGAAUUGCUAUCGUGUUGUCUGACCUCUCUGACCCUGCUCUAAUAGCUGACAUCUGCUUGGGUAUUAAUGAAAAGGGACAGAUGAUUGAACACUCAGUACAUGUAUCACUAUAAAAUAUGUUCGCCAUUGCUGUUUGUGUAAAUUUGAGCAGUCAAAGGACAGCCUUUUAUGUACCCACCCACACAAUUCUGUCUAGGAUUUUAGUAACUUUAGUGGACUAUUUAUUAGUAGAUAUAAUAUGCACCUGCUCUCAAAACAUGUUCCCUUGAGAAUCUCAUGUACAUUUGUUCCCUAAUGUUUUGAUACAGUUGACAUUUUCAUGCUGGCCUCCAAAGAUUAGUUGAAUCUCUGGUAGUAAAUGUCUGCGCUUAAAAGGUAUUAAAAAUAAAUAUAACUUAUUAGGUUUUCAGCUCUACUGUACUCUAAAAUAGGCAAGAAUUGAAAAAACAGAUCAGAAAAAAUUUAAGUUGGCCAAAUGCAUUUGUGAAUAUAGUACAUUUUUAUAUGGAAGCACUCUCAAGCUCAUUAUAGUAACACACUUUUACAAUGAAUCAAGAUGAUUUCAUAUAGAAGAAAACUGAAAAAUAAGUACAUUUUAAAUGUAGAUAUCUAGAAAGAAACAUGUUAUGAUGUUAGAAUUCUGUCAUGAGAGUUAAUGUAAUAUUUUACUAUUGAAAAGUUUAGUAAUUGCUUUCAUUGCAUAAUUUAUUGAGCGUAUUCUCAUCUGGUCUCCAUUGCAGUACUGGGGGUAGAAUUUUCAGUGUCAAGUUUACUUAUUACAGUGCUUUAUAGUGUAUUUUCUUCUGACUACCUGGGACAGUCUUUUGCAUACAUACUGUUUAUUAUAGAAUGUACCUUUUUUUGUUUACUGUCUUAAUGUAAUGAUCAACUUUGGGAGGUGAAAAUGACUGUACAAUGACCAAAGACCUGCCCACUGUAUGUGUCUAGGGGCUCUAUUCAAUCUGGAUGGCUGAAGCAUUACAGAUUGGGCGAUUUAGAAAUGUAAAGGUAAUUUCCGAUUGAGCUGACAUAUACAUAUAUACAACGUUUACCUUGAAUACAGUCUCCACUGAUGCAGGAAUAUUGCUGUUAAAAUGUAAAUUUGUAUGGUAUGUAUUAAUUUGUGGAUGCCCAUCAUCCAUUUCAUAUAUGUUACAAAUUACAAUUCGUAUGAUGUGUUAUGAAU